AUGAAGUUCCUUACAACAGCUAGUCUUCCCUCCUUCUCGUUGGGGACCAAAAGGCCCUCUUACAUCCAUUUUGCCGAUGUCGCCUUUGAUUUAUCCAUCCCCUUGACCAGCCCGCAGACGGUGGGCGUAUGGAUAUGUGACGGCCAGGAAGUCACAGCGUCUUUGCUGGACCGAUGGCUCAGCCAGGCUGUCAAUGUCCCCAAGUCCAUCCUCGUUCGCGAUGUUAGCGCGAUCCCCCGUCUCGAAGAGCUCGCCAAGGGCCGGGUGGCUGCGAUCUCGGCAUUCCCCGCUGAGCUGCCCUCUGCCACACCGAGGGAAAAGGACGAAGCCAUUCUCCGGGCAGCGGAGAAGCUCUACGCCCAAGCCCAUGCCAACGCCACAGCCGAGCGGUCCAAGGUCAAGCCCACCAUCAAAAACAAGGAGAAGCCCUCCGUGGUGCUCGUCGGCGCGGGCAUCAUGAACCUCCUAACCGGCAAACUUCUCGCCGAGAAAGGCUUCCAAGUCCGCAUUGUCGAUCAGGCUCCCGACCCGCGAGCGACCCAACCUCAGGACUGGACCGCCCUCGGCGUGACCAGUGGCGGGCACAACGCGCGCAUGUUCACGUACACCGAGGCGGACAACUACAACGAACAAGACAGUGAGCUCUAUGCGGACAUGCAGUCCAUCUUCCGCAAGACGGUACGCGAAGGCGGGUGGAGUGUCAAGGAGCCCAAGGCCUUCACACCGGCGGAGCACGACUGGGUGGGUGCGUUUGAGCGCGUUCCCGGCUGGAUGGCGGCCAUGUUUAAGAAGGAGAUCCACAGCGUCAACACGGAGGCUGGGAGGCUGUGGAAGGAGCUGAUCAAGACUGCUCCGGAAUUGUUUGAGGAAUCUGGGUUCCGCAAGGACAUUGUGCGGUUGUACGUUGAGUCGGUAGCGCUGGAGGCUUCUGUCGGGCUCAACGGCAACCUUGGCUCGCUUCUUCAGACCCCGUCCACGGAAGAGUUUCUGACCAGCUACCCGGUCUUCCGUUCCGCGGUUGAGACGGACCACCUGGCUGGCGGGCUCAUCGUCGACGGCUUCACCGUCAACGUCCACCUGUUUGUCGAGAAGCUGAUUGCACGUAUCACAUCACUGGGCGGCGAGUUCAUCUGGAACAGCGAGGUCCAGGGCAUCCAGCGCAACGCCCAGGGAGAAGUGACGGCGCUCAAGACGCAGCGUGGGGCGGAUCUGCAGGCCGACCACUUUGUCAUUAGCCCCGGCACGAGCGGCCACUCACUGCUCCACGGCACGGCGAGUGAGAACCUGGUGCAGGGCGUGCUGGGCAUCUGGCUGCAGAUUCCCAACGUGGAGCCCAAGGUGAACCAUUCGAUGAAGAUCCAUCGGCGCGGGCACAAGGUUGAGGACAUCAACGUGACCGUGGCCAAGGACCAGCAGACGGGCGAGGACAUUCUCAUUUUCGGGGGCGGGUACGGAUACGUCGGGCUGGACCGCCGGCCGGACCCGGAGUCGCCCGAGCUGGCAGCCCUGUACGACGAGCUGGAAGAGGUCGCGCGGAUUUACUUCCCCCGGGGCUACGAGUUGGCCAAGUCGCGCGGGCCCACGUCCUUCUACCCCGGCGGACACCGCAAGCUGUGCGUGCGACCGUUUACACCGACCGGGCUGGGUCUGUUUGAGACAAUCCCCACCUCGGCGGGUGGACAGCUCAUCAUCACCGGCGGGAACAACACAGGUGGUUUCGCCCAGGCGCCGGCGAUCGCCCAAGCUGUGCUCAGAUCGUUCCGUGGAGAAGCCGAUCCCAUCCAGGUCCUUUUCCACCCGGCACGCGGCAAGCUCCCGCGCUCUGCGGUAUACAAAUCGCGGACGCCUAGCCCGCUCGCAUCGCCGUCGCUCAGCACCGACGACCUCAAGUCCGAACUGGUCCCGCAGCCACAACAACAACCCCCAACCCCGGAACCCCUCAAGGUCCUCCUCGUCUGCUCCGACAGCCCCAACCACACCUACCUCCGCUAUCGUCUCUCCGAAGCCUUCCCGGGCGGGUACCACUGCAUCGUGGAGCCCGACGCCGGCCAACUCCGGCAUCUCGCCAAACAAAAGCGUCACAUCGACGGCGCCUGGCAACGCUACCACGGUCUCCGCCGCAAACUCCUCGGCCACUCCGCCCGUCGCGCAGCCCACUUCGCCUCCCUCAUCCCCACCGACUACACACCCCCCACCCCGGACCUCAUCGUCGAUACCGUCAACUCCUCCCCCGUCUGGAAAGCCGUCGAGGAAUGGCAGCCCGAACUCACCAUCGUAUCCGGCACCAAAUACAUCGGCAAGAAACUCUCCGACCGCGCGGGCCUCAUGAUCAACCUCCACACGGGCCACCUGCCAGAAUACAAAGGCAAUCACUGCAUCUUCUUCGCACUCGCCGACGGCCGCGUCGACUGCGUGGCCUCCACCCUGCACCAACUCACCUCCACCCUCGACGGCGGCGACGUGCUGGACCGCGUGUACCCGACCAUUGACCCGACCACGGACAAUGAAGAUACGCUGUAUACCAAGUGUUUGCAGUUGUCGGUGGAGAGGGUGGUGGAGCAUGCGAAGCGAUUUGAGAGAGGGGAGGAACUGGAGUUUGUGCCGCAGCGGAAGAGGCCGGCGGGCGCGGGGCCCGAGAAGGUGUAUCGGCAUCGGGAUCGGACGGUUGGGAGGGAGUUGGGGGUGUGGUGGAAGGUUAGUGUGGGGGGGUUGUUGAAGGGGGGGAAUUAG